UGUCUUACAAUUUUUAGAAUGUUUAUUUGUUUUUCCUUUGUUGUUUUUAUCAUAAAUCAGGCUGUUGAUUUACUCAUUUGAUUGUUUCACAUAUUGUCAUGCUAGGACCUUUUAAAGCUUACUAUAGGGUAUGGGUUUUUGCUCAUUAUUGAAGGCCUUACAGUGCCCUACAGUUGUUUAGUUUCUUAUCCUUUGGUGGAUUGUUGUCUAAUUUUCAAUCAUGCCACAUCUCAAUAUUUUCAUUAUCAGAGAAAUUUAAGAAAUUGAUUAUUAAAGGAAAUAUAUAUGAAGGGUAUAAACAUCAAUAAGACAUUCAAUAUUAAUUUUCAGUUCUAAAAUCAUAAGGAAAUCUUUACACUUUUUGAUUGAUGAUUGUUUACUAUAGCAAUAACCAUGGUUAAUAAUAUUCCUGUAUAAUUGGCUUUUGAACAUAAAAAUUGUAUUCACCUAUUUCUAUUGAUACAUCACAAGUUAUCAGUGAAGGAUUAAUGAAACGAAAGAUUAAUUUAAUAUAUUCUGAUACUCAGUCACAAGACCUACAUUAGAGCCUCAGCCAACUACACAUUCCCUUAUCUGAAUGUAGCUAUAAGAAAACAGUGAAUGCAUAAAUAGAAAUAUUGGAUUUAAAAUUUCCUCAUAAAUUAAUAUAAUGAUUAAAUGUCAGUUAAGCAUUUACUUCUAAGAGAAAUCUAUUUAUAGGUGUUUUAUAUAAGGCUGAAUAUGAUCAAUAUCAUUUAGAUAUCUGGGUAUAGAUUUGGGCAAAUCAAUCAAACAGUAUUCUGUGUACCUGGACUGAGAGAGCUGGCUGAGACAAACUGAAGGUAGACAAGCUAGGGAAAAAAAUCAAUACCAAGUCUGACGCAAAGAAUUGUGAUCUUUCUGGGGAGAUGCUCUAAAUAUACUUUGAUGUCGUCAUAAUCAAAGAUUCUGAAAUGAAAGGAUAUAUUUUUGAUAUCAAAUAUGGUUUUAUAUGUGAGACCUUUAUUUUGACUUUGUUCUGUUGCAUGUUUAUGUAAAUGCUGCAUCUGUGAACGUGAUUAGGAGAUCCCCACAUAAUCAUAAAUUGAAGGAAAAUCUUUCCAGUGUAAUUAGACAUGGUGUAGAUGGUGUCGAGGACCAGGACAGCUGUUGUAUAAACAAACGUGAUCAGGUGUUGAUGAUCACAGCAGACAUAUUAUCUAAUUAUCCAGCGAUGUGCAGUGAUGGCUCAGGAUGUUGUCAACCAGAGUGUACGAGUAAUUUGCCCAAAUCAAUGCCUGCUGAGGAGGUCAUGCCGGUUAUUCAGUCUAACAUAGAUUAUAUGGAGGAGGAUAAGCCACUUAUUCCAGGAGUCACUGUUAGAGCUGCAACUGCAGAUAAAUUGGUCCAUAUUUGUAUUGAGAGCUUUUCCAAAGAAGGAGACUUGAUAGAGGACACAGAAUACCCUAAUGUGAUGUAUCUGAUGCAUAAGUGGUUCAUCUCCUCAGAAGAUUUAGCAGAAACAUUUAUUGAUCUCUACCAAAAUUGUCACGAAACCAUAGAAUGUACUAAAGAUGUGUGUGACCACCUGCCUUCGGAUGCGGAAUGUGAAAUACAGAUUUACAAGGCAAAAAUCUGUUAUGCUGUAAGAUACUGGAUAAGUCAUUUUCCUGUACAUUUUGACCUUGAUAAUAGGUUAAAAACUGUUGUGAAGAGAUUAGGAUCUCUUUUACUGUCUGAAGGAAACACCAGCUUUAAAGAACUCAUUGAUCUUUCAAAAGUUCCCUCCUAUGAUUGGAUGAGAAAUAUGUCAGUAAGAAGUUCUGCAAUGCGACAUAACCGUAAAGUUUCCUUGGUGUUUAAUCAUUUAGAACCGUUGGAAUUAGCAGAACAUUUGACAUAUCUGGAAUACAAGGCUUUCAGGAGGAUAAAUUUUACAGAUUUCAAAAACUAUGCAAUCACAGCUUCAUUGAAAGACAAUGCCAAAUUAGAGAGGUCCAUAGCUUUGUUUAAUGGUUUAUCACAGUGGAUACAGUGUAUGGUCCUGAGUAAAACCACACCACAGCAACGAGCUGAUGUCAUUGUCAAGUUUGUUAAUGUAGCAAAGAAACUUCGAAUUCUACAAAAUUUUAACACACUAAUGUCAGUGGUCGGUGGUCUCACGCACAGUGCUCUGGCAAGGUUAUCCAAGACAAAUGCUUGCAUACCUAGUGAAACACAGAAGACUUUGAUGGAGUUUACAGAGUUAUUGUCAUCCAGUAAUAACUUCAGUAACUACAGAAAAGUGUUCAAUCAGUGUAUUCAUUUUAAGAUUCCUAUAUUAGGGGUUCAUUUAAAAGAUCUGAUCCUGCUUCAUACAGCUGUACCAGAUAAAAUCGAAGGAAAGUUAAUUAACUUCAGAAAAAUGGCACAGUUGUCUCAAACGCUACGAGAAUUGACCAAAUUACAAAACCAAGAUAGUAUACCUGUAUGUGCCAACAUGGAUCUUGUAAACACAUUACGACUAUCAUUAGAUUUACACUACACAGAGGAUGAAAUUUAUGAAUUGUCAUUAGCUAGAGAACCACGAAACUCAUUAUCUUCACCUUCCACACCUACCAAGCCAGUAGUAUUUGCUGACUGGUUGGCAGGAGUUAGUCCCCCUGAUCCAAAUACAAUCAACAAACAUGUGUACGAUAUGGUAGAGGCUGUGUUUAAAAAUUAUGAUCAUGACAGAGAUGGGUUUAUAUCACAUGCAGAAUUUGAGGCUAUUGCAGGGAAUUUUCCAUUUAUUGAUUCAUUUUCUGUCCUUGAUGCUGAUCAGGAUGGAAAAAUAAGUAAAGCAGAAAUGAAGACCUACUUUUUCAGAGCUAAUUGUCAUGCUCUAAGAAAUAGCUUUAAACAUGACUUCCAUGAGACUACAUAUUUUAAGCCUACUUUCUGUAUACAUUGUACUGGUCUGUUAUGGGGUCUAAUUAAACAAGGUUGGAAAUGUAAAGAUUGUGGUAUAAAUGCACAUAAACAUUGUAAAGAUUUGGUUGUGAUGGAAUGUCGGAGUAAACAACAUGCAGGAUGUAAUCGGCGUGUGGAUUCUGUAUCAAAUGGUCCUGGUCAUCAAGAUCUCACAUACUCUACAAAACGUAAAAUGUCUCAACGACAGAAAAAGACGCGGGUACAUCAGGGGACACAGACGGAAGAGAUAUAUUUUAGUGAUUAUGGACAAAUGAAUGGUGAAGGAGAGUUUUAUGAUGAGCACAAUACAUUAUAUACACGGUUAUUAAAGACAGAAGAGGCCCGUGACAAGUUGAAAGAAGAAAAUGAAAAGCUCAGAAAGAAGUUGAUAGCAAAAGAUGAGAAAAUCAAACUUUUAAAAUCACAAAUGGGGAGUAUAAGGAACAAUACACUGACUUAUAUCCUAGAACAGAUGGACUCGUUAAAAUCCCAGCGUCAUACAGAAGUAUGAUACAGCAGGAAUUGUUAUAAUAUAAAUGUCGUACAGAAGUACGAAUUAGCAAUAAAUGAUUUGUUACUGUUGAAUCUUCUAAACAAUCAAACAACUCUUUUAUAGUUUUUUUAAGGACAAAACAUUUUAAAGAAAUGAUUUUUAUAGAGUAAGAAACCAGUCUAAAAUCAUGAAUUUCAUUUUAGUAUACCAUGGAGUAUGUUGCCAAAAAACUUACAAACCCAUAAUGCACUAUUCCCAUGUGAUAGAGGAAUACCAUUCAUCCUAAUAUUGUGUUCAGAUUAUGUGUAAGGUGCAUUUCUUCCAAAUCUUAUCAAAACAUUGUGAUGACUGUGAAGAUGAACUUUGACCUUAACACUUGUUCUCUGCAAAAGAGUAAACAAAUGAAUUGUGUUUCUGUGCUACAAAACAGAUGAAAUGUGUAUAGGAGAGAACAAAACAUUUCCAAGUCCAGAUGGAAAAAUGUACAUUUCCAAUUCCAGAAAAUGAUUCCUAAUGUGAAUGGAAACCGAUUAUAGUUAGUGAUGACCUCUGCAAGGGAGGAUACUGUUAUAUCUAUUAGUGAUGACCUCUGAAAAGGAGGAUACUGUUAUAUCUAUUACCACAUUACAAAAUAUAUUUUGUAUUUUUCUAUUGAUUUACAAAACAUAUACAGAAACCAGUCAGUCCAGUAAUUGUGACAGGUGCUUCCUUUUUCACAUAACAAAACCAUGUUUAUAGCAAAAACUGCUCUACCUUAUGUAUGUUGUUUGCGAUUAAUUAUUCUAUUCAGAUUGUCACUGGAGCUGCAAAAAAAAAUAAAUUGAUAAAAAUUGCACUGACAGUUUUACUGUAAAACUGGCAAAGUCAACUGAAUCAAACAGUUUUACUGUAAAACUGGCAAAGUCAACUGAAUCAAACAGUUUUACUGUAAAACUGGCAAAGUCAACUGAAUCAAACAGUUUUACUUGAAGAACAACAGUAUCAGGUUUCAAACAAGCCUAAGUUGCAAUAUGAAAGAAAUGACAAGUUGCAAGAAAAUUUAUAAAGGUAGAGCAGUGUUCAUUGUAAAAUGAUUGAGAUCGAGUUUCAGCUAAGUAAAAAAGUCUUUAUAGAAGGAAAGUUUCAGUUAUUAAGUCACUCUGCUUAAUCUUUAUAAAUUUUAAAACUUCAUUCUUUCUUCUUUAAAAAGAAAACUCAGGUUUGUCAUUUGUCAUUGAAAAAAGAAUACUCAGUCUGUAUAAAAUGCAAUCAAAAUGUAAAAACUUGAUGCAAUGUUAACAUUUCAAUCAUUUUUAAGGAUAAAGAUGCAACCAAGAAAACAUAUUGAUGUUUAUUUAAAAAACCGGUAGAUGGUCUCAGCCAAUUAGAGAUGAAAAGAUAACAUCAAUUUCAAACAUUUUUACCUACAUGUUAACUAAUCAGAAUUUUGUUAUUUACAGUGCAAACUUGAGAGUUUCAUUGCAUGAGACUUUUAGUAAAAAAAGUUACAUCUUUGUUGUUUGUAGAUGCUUUUGAAAUCAAAUCAAAAGCACACCGGAAUAUAGAAUAAACUAUAGUUCUCAGAUAUCACCUGAAAAAAUGGCAUAUAUUGACAGAAAAAAUACAAUUGGCAUGUUUUUAUUAAACCUUAUACAAGUGGAAAUUAAUUUCCUUGCUUUUAGUCAGUUCACAUUUUUUUUUACCAUAAAUUAUUCAAAAAAUUAAUGAGGUAUUGAAAUGAUUGUUGCUCAGGUGGAACAACUAGUUUUAGGUGAUGUGACCAAAGAUCUUCUUGUUCCACCAAAGUAAUGGUGGUUUUAAUACCACAUAUAUUUAUUUAAGUUACUCAAAAAAUUAAAAUAGAAAUUCCACAUACAAGAAAAUUGAUCAACACUUAUAGUACCUGAGAACUAGAAAAUCAGUUUUACAUCGCCUGAUAUUUUAUAUUUAUAACGGAUAUUUUCAUUAGGUUUUUGAAGCCCUGUCAUUUUGUUACAUGAAGAAAAAGGUCCAAUUUUACUAGACACCUUAAUGAUAAAACAUGAUUAAAACCUAUGGCUGUGAUUCUGUUAAUGUAUAUAUGAAUAUAGCAUUCCAGAUUACAGAGUUGUGUCAAUUUUGUGUAUAAUGAACAACUGUAUCAGCACAAAGGAAUUUCAUAAUUACCUCCCCUUAAGCAAAUCUUAUAAAAUAUACCUCACAUGUACUAAAUUUUGUCAUGGUAAAUCAGAGCAGUUGAUAUCUCCCUGAAAAUAAUUAGAUGUGUCAUCAUUUAUUAUUUACUCAAUCAAAAAGUUUAAACAGACCUGUGUGAAAUAUGAAUUGUCCUCAUAGGGGCUAAAUUAAGGAUGUUCGCUACUCUGUUUCAAAAUAACAAGCUUUUUAAAAGACUGUUAUAAAUUGAUAGUAUAUAAAUGAAGGAACUAAAAAAGCAGAAAAAAUGAAGGGUCCAUGUGCUUGUUUUCGAGAUAUAAGCCAUUGAAAAUUUGGUGGGAAAUGAUUCUCUCUAGAUUUUUCAUACAUUUAUCAUUCGCACCUUUUUCUUUCAAAAACAGUGAAAAAAUAACAAGGAUUUUAUAAGAUUUUCAAAUAUGGCUUUUUAGACUAUGUAAUAAAAUUAUGAGAAGAAAAGUAAGGAUUAAUGAGAAAUUUUUUAUUAGCACUACAUGGAUAAAACCAGAGGAUUCCAAAUAUCUGACAAAAAUUCAAAAACAAGAGGAGUGAACAUCCUUAAAUGAAUGGAUUGAUGUGAUAUUGACUUCAUAGACUUUUUGCUCCAGUGAUAUAACAACAAAUUAAACAUUAUUUUAUUCAGUUUGACCGUAGAAAAUUCUGAUGGACUAUAAGGGAAACUUCUUUUCAUGUAAAAUGCCCUCCAUGUUUUGUGUUUUUGGGUAUUUUUCCUAUCAUAUUUGCCAAGGCUCUAUAAAUAUAAGUUUGGUUGACAUCAGUUAGAAAGAAAUGUCAAAGCAGCAAUUGAAGCAUAUUGCCUUAGUUAUUUUAACACCCUUUUAAGCAAACAUUGUAAUUUAAAUAAAAUCUGACAAAUUUUAGAAAACAUUUUUUUUUCUUCUCUACAAUGUUAGUGCUUAUACUGACAAUCAUUAUAUUGACUGUUGCAUCGGUGGACCAAAAUUCUGUGCAAUAUAGACUAAAGUAAUGACUGGAGGAAAGCAGUUCUGAUUUACCAUAGACAUACACUACAUCCAAUACAAUUGGUAUCUGUGUAAGAAAUUACUCUGUGCUGUGUAUAUAUUCAUUGUAAAUUUCCAUUUAUUGAAUCAUUCAAAAUCAGUGGCUGUUUACCAUAUGUUAAUUUGCUCAGACCAAGGUGAUUAACUACAUUCCAACGCUAAAAUAUAUAUAAAAUGUUUUAAAAACUUUUUUCCAUAAAUUAUUUAUUUCAACCUAACAUACUGUUUGUUAAUUACCGAUAUAAUAAAGAUAUUUUAAGGUUAGGGAAAGGGAUUUAAAGUCUUACUUUAGUCCUUUGCAAAAACGUCAGUAUGAAAUUGAUCUUCUGGCAUACAGGAAUUUGUUAUUUUCUCAUCAGAGUUUAGUGGUCAAGAUAUCUAAAACAAGACUGAUCUGUCAUGAAUUCAUCCAAAAUUUUAUAUGUGUUAACUAAUUUUCUUUUACAAAAUGUAAUUAUUCAGUUCAAUUUAAAUCUGAAAUCUUCCAAGAAGCAGAUUGAUUUUGGUACCGAUUUAUUUUUAUUUAACUUUGGAAUUUGUCAGUUGCAAAUAAAUUAGUUAACUUGUGUUUAAGUUUGGUAUAUAUUUGUAAAGUAGGGAGAGGUAAUAAUAAACAAAGCAUUCAAAAACAUGUACUUGGGCAGUGUUCAAAAUGAUAUAGAAUUAUGAAGUAUUCCUUAAUUUUGUCGUUGCUGGCUAAUUUGCCUCGUUUCUAUGUCAGACCUGGCAAUCAAGCAGCUAUUGUGAUGUAAAUUAAUAAUCAUUGGUGACUGACAGCAGUUCUAUAGGACUGACAUAUGACAAAGUCUAGUUGCCUGGAAAAAAGUAGAAGACUUAAGAUAAUUUUUAUUAUUAUAAAACCAGAAUUUUAAAAGAAACCUUCUAGAUAUAAGAUAUAUUAGGAUUUACUUUGUGUAUGUAACCAUUGAGAUAUUGUUUAUCUAUUUAUGAAAAAAUGUAUUAUUUUAUCUUUAGUGCAACUUAGAUAUUUUUCUGAUAACCCUGUUUUUAAGGUUUUUUUUCAAUGAUUUUUUCCUGUUGUUUAUCUAUAAUUGUUUACUUUUUACUGUUUGAAACUUUAUUACUGUUGAAAAAAAUAAAACCUUUGUUCAAACCAAUAUUUUAGAUAAUAAUUCUAGUCAAUUUAUCUUACUACACAAAUAUUGCUUUAUUUAUUUUUUAUGACUAAAAUAUAAUUUAUUUUAUUUUUAUGUUAAGUUUUUUCAUUAUAAAUUGAAUAAUGAGAAGCAUAUGUCCUUUAUUCUGUGUAAUAUAUUUUACUAGUUUUAUUUACAGUCUAAAACUUUAUUCCUCUAAAAUUGCAAUGUGGAAUUAUGUUUGACAGUUUUUAUUUUGAUGCCAUUGGAACAAUGGAAAAACCUGUAAUUCCCCUCUAAAGAGCACCAAUCAAGACUUGCAUAAGUUUUACAUAUCAACUACAGUAAAUGCAAUACUCCUCAACUGCUUGAUAAGAAAAUUGGCAAUUAAGUUUUAAACCUAAUUAAUAAAAGUAAUUUACAUUGGGUUAUUGUCAAGAUAUGGUUUAAUAUUAUUCAACGUUCUAUUAAUUGAUGUGCAUAAAAAGUACUAACUAGUCCAGGUUAAACAAAGGCCAUUACAAUGUGGUUUCAUAUUAUUGUGAUUCAUGAGCAUAAAAAUAAAACUAUAUAAAGAUGUAACAAGAUUGUUUUGUGUAAAAUAUACUAGACAGUACGACUGUAAUAUGUACAAAUGAAUUUAGUGCUGACAAAAGGGGCUGGAUCCCUUGGUAUAUAUAUAUCAUUACAGAUGUUUUUUAUACACUUGUAAAUCUCAUGCUAUAUGUUUAUUUUGUUAUUAUGAUUGUAAAUAUUAUUAUCAUUUGUAAAAAAUCAUAAAAUGGCCAUUUGAAACAUUCCGUGAGAUCAGUAUCUUUUUUUUUGUAUAUAAGUGUGUAGAACCAUUCCAGAAAAAUUGCAGUGACCAGUUGACCUCUCUCAAAAAAUAUGUGCAAUUUUGAUUAUUAUGUGUUCAUAUUCAAGUUUGUUGAAAUAUAAAUCAGUCAAUAGCUAAGGUAUAGUAAUCAAGACUUUCCAAAAUAAAAAAAAAUAAGAAUUAAGUUCUACUGUUUAUAUGAAUGACACUUUGUCAUGAUUUUUCUCUCCCUAAAUGCCUUCAGAAUAGUGACUUGGGGUGAUUUAGUUUUUGAUGUAUAGUACAUACACUUGUCCAUCAGUGAAAAUCAAACGCUAACCUACAAUUGUCUAUGGGUUUUUUUUAUUGUUGUUGUUGGGUUGCUGUCUCAUUGAUGUUAACCCUACAUUUCCUUUUAUUCAUAAAAAAAAUUGAACAUUCAGUAGGGAAACAGAUUACCUUAUACUUGUUGAAAAUAACAUGCCAUUUCAAAUGGGGAAAUGGGUGGAAGAUAACAUUAAACAUAUUAUAGAUUGUUCACAUAUAGGAGAGAAGUAAUAAAGCAGAAUAGCACUUUUAUUGCUGUUGUUCAUCUUGAAAGUAUAUUGUUCAACAGAAUAAGACCAACAUACUUUGACCAAGCUAAAGACAUCCCAAAUGUGCUAAAACAGCAAAGUUGUGUUAUACAGUUCUUGUAACCAAACAUAUUUCAGUUACGCCCAAAAAUUUAUAGGUGUUAUGUAAUUUUCUUGGAGUUGGUAAAGUUUUGAAUUUAACAUAGAGAUAUUGAAACCUCUGGUAGGUAUUAAGAUCAAUAUUGCCCAACUGAAACUGUUUGUUUCAUUUGAAUUUGCAUUAAAAUAAACCUGAGUUUCACCUGAGCAACUUGGGUCUCGAAAUUGCAUUUAAAACAGUCCAUUGUAAAAUAGUGAACACUUCCAUAAGUUUUGGUGUAAAAUGUUAAACAACCAAGGCUGAACCAAUAUUCUUCCAAGAGAAAUCUUAAAAUAUAUUAAUUACAAAAUAAUAUUCAUGCAAUUACAAGCAUUUUAGAAAUUAAGGCAUUCUUAUAUUAAAUCAUAUUUUUUUCUAUUUUGGUCAUGAUUAAUAUGAAACACUACAUUAAACCUUUAGCGAUUCAUAUAUUUAUUUUAAACAGUAAAGUUAUUAAUUUAAUGCCUUCUAUGAGACAAUCUGUGUUCUAAAUUCUAAUUCUUUUUUUCAUUUUUUAAGAGAAAAUUAAAGCUUCGUAUCCUAACUUUAAGUCUUUCCAGUAAAACGCUUGUGUGGAACUCUCUCAAUAUGAACAGUCUAAUACCUUAUUUAAUAAUUAAAGUCAGUUUUAAAAAACCAUAUUAAAAACUGUAAAUCAACCUGUUUUCACGUUUAGCCCUUUUCUGCCGAUUUUGCUGCAAUCUGCCUUCACAAUUUUCUAAACUAGUUCAUGUAAUUAAUUAAAAAAUUGUCCAAGUUUGACAUAUUUGCCAAUAUUUAUUUUCACAUUAUUUUUCUUGCAAAAAUGAAUCACUCGCAAAUAAUAGUUAGUUUACAAUAAUAUGUGGACAAUCAAUCAAAAGGUUCAAAAAAGAAAUUUAUUUAUAAAUUAUGGUAGCACCAAUUAUAUUUAUCAAAAAUUAAAAAAUAUUUUAACCAAGAAAUACAUUAUUUUACAUUUAUCAGGAUAAUCAACCUGUAAAUUAGACCCUUUCCACAAUAAAUGAUAUACUGAAUGGCAAAAUAACACAUUCCAUUAAAAUGAAUAAUCAACUUUGAUUAGACAAAACUAUAUUAAGAGUGUCCAUUUUUUUUUAUCAUAUGAAAUGUAGAACUGGAGAAACAAUGAAAUGGUGUAUACAAAAUACAUGUAGUAUAAACAUGUAAGCAGUAGUGAACGUUUGAAAAAGUGUGUGUGUGUGUGUGUGGUGAAUGAGUUGUGUGUAUUUGGAAGUAUAAAUGUAACCAUCUUUAUGUAUCUGAAUGAGCUCAAAGCAGUGUUGUAUUAUCAAAGAGAGACAUAUGUAAAAUUAAAAGCAAUAUUUGUUGUUAUAGAUCUAUUUAUUGUAAUCUGUUUUUGAAAAAAAAGUCAAAAUUUUCAAAUGUUUAUAAAUUAAGUGAAAAUCUUAUUGAUGUGCAAAACUUGUUUCAGACAAGGAUCAAAUAAAAGAAAUAUAAAUAGA